AUAUUAUUCAUUUUAAGACGAAAGAGGCCUAAGUCUUUGUUUAAUUUUUUUGUAGCAUGAAUUUUGCAGCCACCAUCUUCCAUCCUUUGUUUUUGCCGCCCCAUUAAUAUAAUUCCAUGCAGUUGCCAUUUUUUAUAAUACAUCCAAAAAAGGGUCACAUAUAAAUAUUAGGGAAUCUACAAAUGCAUUAAGAAGGUUUUUAAAAGAGAGCCAAAAAAAAAAAAAAAAAAAAAAAAGCUUAGAAAAAUUGAAGAAUAAAAGAUGAGUGAUUGUGAAAUUGGGAAAAAUGGGGUGAAAUUGGAGGAAAUGGUGAAGAAAAUAGAAGAAGAAUUCUGGGUAUCAGUUGAAUUGCUGAAGCAGUUAGCUAAUGAAAUGGAGUUGAUGAUGAGAAAGGGUCUUGAAGAUGAAGAUUCCAGUUCAAUCAAAAUGCUUGUUUCUUAUGUUGAUUCCCUACCUUCUGGUCAUGAAAAGGGAUGCUUUUAUGCAUUGGAUUUGGGUGGGACGAACUUUCGUGUGAUGCGUGUUAAAUUGCAAGGAAAUAGGACCAUUGAUCUUAAAUCCGAAUCUUACAAGGUGCCUCCUAACAUUAAGGUUGGGAAGUUACAUGAACUCUUUGAUUAUAUAGCGGAGAAAGUUUCUUAUGUUAUUGAAAUGGAUUCUGAUUCGGCGACACAACCUGGUAAGAAGAGGGAGCUCGGGUUUACUUUCUCAUUCCCUGUACAACAAACAAGGAUAAACUCCGGGACACUCCUUAAUUGGACAAAGGACUUCGAUGUGCAAGAUGCUAUUGGUAAAGACAUGGUGAAAGAAUUGACAAAGGCUUUAGAGAAACGAGCUAUUGAUGUUAAUGUCACUGCUUUGCUCAAUGAUACUGUUGGUGCUUUGGCUGGAGGAAGAUUUUGCGAUAACAAUGUUGUUGCAGCUGUAGUAUUGGGUACUGGAACGAAUGCAGCUUAUGUAGAACAGUCAGAAAACAUUGUAAAGGCGUAUGGUCUUCCACCAAAAUCAGGACAGAUGGUUAUUAACACAGAAUGGGGUAAUUUUAACUCUCCACUUCUUCCUUUAACUGACUACGAUUAUGAAUUAGACAAUGAUAGUCCAAACCACCACAAGCAGAUUCUAGAAAAGAUGCUUUCUGGUAGAUAUUUGGGAGAAAUUGUGCGUAGAAUUUUGCAGCGACUAGCUGAUGAUGCUGCGCUUUUUGGUGACAUAACUCCUCCAAAACUUCGACAGCAUUAUAUACUGGCGACGUAUAAUGUUGUAGCGAUGCAUAGUGACAAAUCCACUGACUUAAGUGUGGUUGGGAAAUGCCUGGAGGAGGUCUUUGAGAUAACCAACUUAUCCUUGGAGAGGAAGCAACUUGUUGUCAAGAUAUGUGAUAUUGUAGCUACACGAGGUGCUCGACUUGCUGCUGCUGCUAUACUGGCAAUCCUGAAGAGGUUAGGCAAAGACAUAACCAAGACAGAGGAGACUGUAGUUGCUAUUGAUGGGUCACUGUUUGGCACAUACAAAAAGUUCAAAUCAUGCCUGCAGAAAACUCUUGCUGAGGAGUUGCUCAAUGAAGACGUAUUGAAGAUGGUCGUUCUCAAGCAGUUUAAAGAUGCCUCAGGCAUUGGUGCUGCCGUUGUUGCUGCUUCACACUCGAUUUACACUUGAUGAUACUACCAAUAUAUUUGGUCUAGUGGUGUAUAUGCUAAAUUUGUAUGCUAAUACAGCUAUAUUACCUUGCAUACUUUCCUACUUUAAUUUCCUACAGUAUGAUGUGAGGGGGUAGUGUAAGCCUAAAAGUUCAAUUUUAGAGUGAAAAUUAAAGGCAGCAAACUUUUCAUUGCU